AUGCAGGUGAUCAAGCCCUUGAACUACGUGCUGGCAUUGCUGGCGAUGCAGGUUGUGAGCGCUGCCACCAACAGCUGUACGUCGUGGUCGGAGCGCUUUCAAAAGAACCUCGAGGGUGUCUGUGUUUGCUCUGAAGCAACAUGCGAUACCAUAGACAAUGGGCAUCUGCAUUUGUCAGGUAGCGAAGCUGGCGUGUUCACGACCAGCAAGGCUGGAGACCGUUUGACCUUCUCGACAGUCGACAUGGAAGCCACAGCCAAUGAAGCUGCGGACUUUGUUAUUGACACAACGAAGACAUACCAGUCGAUUAUUGGCUUUGGUGGCGCCUUCACGGACUCGUCAGCUAUCAAUCUGCAUAUGCUGAACUCUAAGCUGCAGGACAUUCUCGUGGACGCGUAUUUUGGAGAUGACGGACUCCAGUAUACCAUUGGUCGAAUCCCUAUUGGAUCUACGGAUUUCUCGCUGACUAUUUACUCAUACAACGAUGUGGAGGGUGACUUAGCCAUGGAGAACUUCAGCAUUGACAUGGACAAGGACAAGAAGAUUCCAUUCAUUCACCGGGCUAUGGGCAAAUCUUCUCGAGGCUUGAAGCUCUAUGCAUCGUCGUGGGCACCGCCUGCGUGGAUGACUACGGAGAACACGACUAUCAACUGCGCUGUCCAAGGUUACCCGGGCGGCGAGUACUGGAAGGCUCUGGCACUUUACUACUCCAAGUUUGUGUCUGCAUACGAGGCCGAAGGAAUCCCUAUUUGGGCCAUGACGACGCAGAACGAGCCCACGCAGCAGUUCGCGUUCAAGUACUGGCAGAGUCUGCGCUUCAACGUCACCACGGAGCGUGACUUCAUCAAGCGCGACCUUGGUCCACAAAUGAAGACCGACCACCCCGAUUUAAAGAUCAUCAUGAUGGAUGACCAGAAGGACUUACUCCUGGACUGGGAUGCCACACUACUUGAUGCCGAGUCGGCACAGUACGUCUCCGGUGCGGGUGUUCACUGGUACAAGAACUUGGACUUCCUGGUCGACACAGCGGGCAACUUCGCCGACCUCGAGACAUUCCACGAGAAAUACCCUGACCUCUUCAUCUUAGCGACGGAAGCGUGCGAAGGGUAUCUGCUUGAUGGUAUCGUAACGGGUGCUGGCCCCACCCUACAGAACCCGACGUUCGCGUGGCAGCGUGCUCAAAUCUACGCGCGUGACAUUAUUGGAGAUCUUGCUCACUAUGCUGCCGGCUGGACGGACUGGAACCUGGUGCUCAACACCACUGGUGGACCUACGUGGAUCGACAACCUGAUCGACUCGCCCAUUCUGAUCGACGAAGCAGGUGGCGCUGAGUUCUACAAGCAGCCAAUGUACUAUGCAAUGGGCCACUUCUCCAAGUUCCUGCCGGCCGACUCGGUCCGUGUGUCCCUGUCUACCAGUUCGAGCGCGUCGUCGACCCUCGCUAAGGUGGAUAGCGUGGCGUUCUUGACCCCUGACAACCAAGUGGUGCUCAUUCUUUCCAACCGCGACAGCUCCGCUCAUGACAUCACGUUGAACGCUUGUGAUUGGUAA